AUGGGCGCAGUCGACCCCGCCUAUCCUCUGUACCCCAUAGCAUGCAUCGUGGCUUCGGUGCUCUUGCUACUCGUGCUUACGUCUAGUUUUGUACGCCAAAGCUGGAACCUGGGCGUCGCCUUCCUCUGCUUCUGGCUCUUCUUCGAGAAUCUCACAUUCGCCGCGAAUGCAGUAAUAUGGUCGGACAAUGAUGAUGUCAAGUUAUAUGUCUAUUGCGAUAUUGUCUCACACCUACAAAUCGUUACUACCGUCGUGAAACCCAUGUCGUCGUUCCUGAUCAUGCGCCGUUUGCAUUCGAUUGCUAGUUUGCGAUGCGUACAGAGUUCCGAUGGCAAGAAGCGAAGAAUCGAUAGGUUGAUUGAAUGGACGCUGGGCUUCGUCAUACCUGCGCUAGUUGCAGGGCCAAUGUACUAUGUGGCACAGCAACGACGUUUUGUGGUAAUUGAAGGCAUUGGGUGUGUAAAUUCAACGACUGAUGACGGUAUCUUGUUUCUACUGCUUUACCCGUGGACCAUCGCGCCCCCUCUUCUCUCCGCGAUUAUCUAUUACCCACGAAUUGUGUGGAUCCUCCAUCGACGACAUACCGAGCUGGAUCAGUUUUUGCAUAGCAAUAACUCCAUCUCGCGCUCGUGUUACUUCCGUGUCCUUACUCUCGCCAGCGUCGACAUCGUCUUCACGCUGUUUGUGAACAUCACUGACUUCGUGAUUCACAUGCUCUCCUAUGAUCAGUUUGCUCCAUUCUACCCGGGAUGGAACUACGUUCACACAGAUUGGGCCCCAGUGAGCUUCACCUGGGAGGAACUGAGGGGCAAUAGAUGGGCCGAUAUCUACACGCAGUGGACAGCACCCUUGUUCGCGUUCGUCAUCUUCGGUCUUUUCGGCCUCACGGAAGGUGCCCGAGCAUCAUACCGGCAUGCGCUCUCUACCAUGAAGGGAUGGUUUAUGCGGGUGUUGGUCGGAGGUCGGGACGGGUGCAAGUCUGCUAUCUCCGUUCUCCGCUCGAUCCGCUGUAUUCGUCCCAAGCGAGCGAGGAGUGCAGAGUCACUCGUCAGUACAACGUACUCCGGCCCUGAGACCGUCAUCGAUAUAGCACCGCCUUCACUGGACGUGGAGGGUAAGGACCAUCGCGAUGAUGACUUGACCAACGCCCACGAUAGCCAGGAUCCCUCGCGCCCCUCCAACGAGACUGAGGAUACUAAAACGGAACCGCUCGACAUGAAUACAGUCGACGUUGGCGGGAUGACCAUCCGGUCUGCGGCAGAUUUGGCUUGA